AUGGCAAGCUCGUUUGAGAAGUCGGUCAAAGGGGCGACCAAGAUAAAGGCCGCUCCGCCCAAGACGAAAUACAUCGAACACAUCUUGAUCGCGACACACGCCGGAGAAGCCGGCGUCGGGGAGGUCUUUAGGGCGUUGCAGUUCCGGUUGCGAGACUCAACAUGGACCGUGGUGUUCAAGAGCUUGAUUACGAUACACCUCAUGAUCAGAGAGGGAUCGCCCGACGCAACCUUGGCCUAUCUCGCAAGGCAUAGGAACAUGCUUGCCCUGAGUUCCUUCACAGACGCACAAACGCAGGGCCGUAACAUAAGACAUUAUGCCGCAUACCUGGCGGAGAGGGCCCGCGCCUACCGGGACACCAAGAUCGACUGGGUUCGGACCAAAGAGACGCGGUUGGAGAAGCUGUCGGUGGAGAAGGGACUGCUCAGGGAGACCGAGGUUAUCCAACACCAGAUCACGGCGUUAUUAAAAUGCGACGUGCUCGAUGAACCGGAGAACGAGAUUACAAUAACCGUCUUCCGACUCCUGGUCCUUGAUCUACUGGCCUUAUUCCAGGUGCUUAACCAGGCCAUGAUCAACAUUCUGGGCCAUUUCUUCGAGAUGUCGAAACCCGACGCCGAACGGGCUAUGGAGAUCUACCGAACUUUUACCCGGCAGACUGACUAUGUGGUGCAGUAUCUCAGCAGAGCAAGGCAGUAUGAACAUCAUACUAGAGUCGAAGUUCCCAAGCUGAAGCACGCACCGGUCAACCUUGGUCGCCAGCUCGAAGACUACCUCAAAGACGCCGACUUCGAAAUACACAGGAGGCAGUAUCUGGCAGAACUCGAUGCUAAGAAGAAAGGUGGUUCGUCAGCCAAGACUACCAAGGGUGACGCAUUAGCAGCAGGCAAGCUGUUUCCAGACUCAAACACGAACGGCGCUUCCUCGACGACGCCAGCUCAACCUGCUCAGGCAACCAAAGGUCCAGAUCCUGACCUGAUAGACUUUUUCGAUUCCAUAGAGCAGAAUCAAACGCCACUAGCCGUCAACACGCAGCAGCAUCAACAGCAGCAGAUGGCACAGCCCAACAUCGGCACCCAAUGGGCAUCGAACAGCCCAUUCGAUGCGGCACCCAUGCAGACAGGACAGCCAUUCCAAAGCAAUGGGUUCUUGCCGCAGCCUACAGGCUUCGCUAACAACAGCCCAUUUCAACAGCAGAACAUGGGGGGAUUCAGCAAUCAGCAACAGGCUCCGCUGCAGCAACCAAUCCAGCAGAACUUUACAGGUGCUGGAUUCGGAGGUUACACUCCACAAUCGAGUUUCUCGCCUGGCGGUCUCUCGUCAAUACCGCAGGAUUCGGUUGCUUCAUUCCAGACUGGCAGCAUGGCGCCCCCGAUGCAGACAGGACUCCAGCCUAACCAACAAACAACAAAUCCAUUCCGCCAGUCAAUGCUUAUGGCGAACCCGACGGGCAUGUCCAACCAGAUGCCUCAGUUCUCCAAUGUUACGAGUCCACCACCAGCUACACAACUUCAACGCCAAUCUACAAAUCCGUUCGCUCGAUCGUCGCCAAGUACAUCGUCAUCGCCUUUCGCUAACCCCUCUUCCGGAUCACCAUUCCAGUCUCAGCCUCCACAGGCCCCUCAACAAGCGCCAGCACCGCUACAACCCAUGGCGACCGGUACGAACCCAUUCGCCAAGGGCUUCGGCGCCGGCGGCGCCUUGCAACAACAAACCCAGAGACCGCAGACGAGCGGUGCCUUGAUGCCACAACCAACUGGCAGCACUAACCCGUUCCGCCAGGGUGCUCUCAUGAACCACCAGACCGGCAUGGGCUGGCAACACAACCAGGGGAGGAUUGGUGGUGGCUUUGACGAAAUUCAGUCUACACCAGUAUUCCCGCGGCCAAGUACGGGGACCGCGUGGCAGGGGUAG